AUGAAAAAAAUAGGUGGAUUUUUAAAGCAGAGAUUCAAGCAGGCUGAUAUGUUCUCGAAGAGUGUCAGUCUUUCUUAUAAGCAGAAAGAGCACUUUCAGUGAGUUUAUGGAGGGAUUGUUAGUACAGUUAUCUUUACCAUACUUGUUUCAUAUGGAAUUCAAGUGUUUAUUCAAAUGAUUACGAAAGGAGCUACAGAUAAAUCUAGGAAUAGCAUUAUGAAUGAUCCUUCAUCUCUGAAAGAACUUUAUACUUUUGGACCCGAUGAUAUUGGAUUAGCAGUGAUGUUGGCAAGGACUAAUACUUCAGAAGGUAUUGAAUGUCUCAGUCUGUGAAGAGAAUUAUCCUCGAAUUAAUGAAGGUAUCGAUAAGUUUAGACCUACACUUAAGACCAUGACUUUCUGCCCAUCAAACUCUACCUUCACUGUUGGAGGAAGUAUGCUUACAGAUAUUUUUAAAAAUGUUCAAAUUAAUAUUAGAAAAUGCGUGAAUGGAACUUCUGUAAUUUGAAAAAGUAAAUCUGAGAUUGAAGGAAUGGCUAAAUCUAUGACAGCUUCCCUCAUUUUUGGUGCGAAGUAUUUUGAUUUUGAUGAUUAUAAAGAACCCAUCAAGAAAUUUUAUGAUAACAGGCUUAAUUUUUUGACAGUGCCUACAUUCAAAAAGUUCUUCCAAGUUUUGCUCAGAAAAAAUAAAGUCUCACUUUCUGAUUCAAUAUUACCAUUAGGAGGAGGGCAAGAAGAGUCUUUUUAUUCUAUUGGAGAUUAUCAGUCAGAUUUUUCAUUUGUAGAUUCAUCUGAUCCUUCUCUUUUGAUGCAAUUUGAAAUCAGACAGGAUACUGUUGUUGACUCUUAUGAACGCAGAGUCUACACAUUUCUGGAUUUCUCUGGCCAGCUCGGUGGAUUCUUUGAAAUCCUUGUCAUUUUAGGUGGAAUCAUUGUUAAUCACUUUUCAAGCAAACUCUACAAUUACUCGAUGUUCAACAAGCUGUAUUGUGUCGAUCAAAGAGAUUCAAAUGAGAAAUCCAUAAAUGCUGAGGUUGCUCCAAAAUCUAAAGUCUUUGAUCAUGAAAUAAGUAAAGAAUACAUUUCAAAGAGCAAUAGUAACUCAAGUUCGAUCAACUUCAACAAGUCCAACGACUCGGAGUGUAAAUAAAUCACAAGACUCUGACUUACUACAUAAGGUCAAACACAACCUCAAUUCUCAAAGAAGAUACAACUUUACAGCUAAAGAAUACAUCAAGUCGUGCAUUCCAUUCAUAGCCAACAAAUCCAAGCGUCAGUUCACAGCUCUCAGCGAUAGAUUCAGCGAUGAGUGCGACCUGCCUUCGAUCCUGAGAUCCAUCCGACAGCUCAAGACAAUGAUGCAUCUGGUGCUGAGCGAACACCAGAUUCUGCUCAUGGGCUUCGACGUCAGAGCCGGUGUCAGGUACAACAGCAGAGUCGAAAUCAACCCAAUGACUCCAGUUGACAUGCCUCCUGUUGGUGAAGCCAGAAGCAACAGUUUUUAGCGAGAAGAUCGAGAACUUAAUCAGAAAACUCAAAGAAGUUAGCAAAGAACAACUCAGCAAAGAUGCAGCGACAAUUCUUGGAAUUGACACUUCUCAGGAGAACGAAGUGUCAGCUAAACAUGAAACUGUGACGAAAGACAAAAGCUUCUCUAAAGUGGGAUUGAUAGAAGAACAAAAAGAGAAUGUUGACUGGGUAGAAUAUCCUGUGAAGAACUUUAAAGACAUAUAAA